AUGGCUUUUUGUCCUAGAUUUAGACAGGAUAAAUCAAAAUGCCCACGUUUGGGCUCAUGCGCAACAUAAAAGGAAAACACGGAACAAAAACGACAAACAAAACAAAAGUUUACUAUAUAAAUAGUUAUUAAUAAUGCUUACUAUGUUUUGUCACGUGAGAGAACUUGGGAAAGUUGCAUUUAAAUUUGAAUGAAAAAAAAUGUUAUACAUCUUCUUGAAUUGGAAUCCUGUAUCCUGUAAUAUUAAUGCUGGUAAUCAAUAAUGUCAGAGGACUUACAGAAUAUUAUUGUGUUGCUGAAACGACUAAACACUGUGGAGUGGGUGGACUCAAAAUUCUGGACCCAGCCCAAUCACCCACACACGUACACACAGUUGUGGUCAUGAGACAUUCAGUCCAUUCAGUCAGCGACAUUCAGGCCUGGGAUUAAGUUUAGUGAGCUGCAGCAACACAGAAGGUACGUGGGAGCCAAAGGUUUCGUUUCUCCCUCAGCGUCACAAUGGCCGACAUGGACGAGAGUCAGUUUUCUCUGAUGUGUCUGGAGGAUGAGCUGACCUGCUGCAUCUGUCUUGGUACUUUUAACUGUCCGGUGACAAUUCCCUGCGGGCACAAUUUCUGCCAGGACUGCCUGCUCGACUCCUGGCAGGACUCUGACUACAGCUGUCCGCAGUGUCGGACCGUCUUCCCCACCAAACCGGAGCUAAAGAAAAACACGGUCCUCUGCUCGGUCGUGGAGACCUUUAAGAGCAAAAGCGAGGUUAUUCUGACCGCAGAAGAUAACAAAGCCAAGAAAAAGGAUGUCAUACGUUGUGAUACAUGCAUGGAGGCAGAAGCGUCCCAAACCUGCCUCACCUGUAUGGCCUCUUUCUGUGAGGAGCACCUGCGUCCUCACCGGGAAAAUCCGAAAUUUAGCGUCCACCAGCUGAUUGAGCCUGUCGGCGACCUGUCUGAGCACAUCUGCACGGACCACCACAAGCUGAUGGAGUUCUUCUGCAGCGAUCACAGCCAAGCCAUCUGCAGCCUCUGCCUCCAGCAAGUUCAUAAAGGAUGCUCCUUCAUGUCUCCUGAGGAGCAGAGGAACCUCAAAGAGUCCGACCUCAGAGACAAGUUGGGUUUGCUGGACGGGAAGAUUGAGAGGACUGAGACGGUUAUGUUUCAAAUCAAUGACACACAGAGCAAGCUGAAGGAUGCAGCAACCAAAAGGAAGACAGCAUUUGCUGCCGUGUUUCAGCAAAUGCAUGAUAUGUUGGCCCAAGUAGAAUGUGAGGCCCAGCAUGUGGUGGACUGCGAACUGGAGACUGGUCAAAAGAAACUUUGUGACUUCAUGAAGAGGUUAACUGAGAAUACUGAGAACAUGAGAAAAGCCAGAGAAGAUGUCAACAAUUUGCUGAGUCAAUCCCAAACCCUGGCUUUUCUACAGGCUUCAGUCGACUUGCCCCGGGCUGUAAAGUUUGACCCAUACGCCCCUCGAAUCAACCUGGACUCCAAGAAGGUGAUAGCAACGCAGGCCUUUGCUGCUGCACUGAAGGAACAUCUGACAGAGAUGUUUAAACAGCCCGUUGAGGCCAGACAAGUGAUGCUUAAACCAGAUGAAAAAGCAGAUCCUGUUUCAGGAGGUGCUGGAUCUCAGCCAAAAUCUGAACAACCAGAUCCCCAGCAGCAAGGGCAGCCCAUGUCCCACAGCUCAGGUUUUCCAUCCAUGCAGCCAUUCAUCCAGACAGUGCCUGUACCUGUUUACAUCGGAGGACAUGGAGGCUGGAAUCCACAGUACGGACGUGGCCAGUCAGCAGGCCCUAACAGGGGUCCUCCAUUUAAGGGAGGACAAAGGCCAGACAAGAAAAGUGAUGGCGGUCAACAACACUCCCACAAACAAGACAAAAAGCCCCACAGUGGACCGGGAGGACAUCAGCCAAGUGGAAAAGGAUCCGACUCCACUAAGAAGGACAAUCCCAGAAGCCACCCUUCAGGAGGGAAACCAAAUAAAAACCAUCCAGGGCCUCAUAAAAAAUAACUGGAUGCAGCUUUUUACUUAAGCCAUUUGCUCCUCUCGGGAGCAUAGGCCAUUGACAAAAUUGUCAUUCACUUCACUCAGUUGUUGGUGGUUCUUUCAAAAAUGUUCCUGUAUUUUUCUUGUUGCUUGGUGGAUCCAGUUCAGGGCUUGUAGGGUGAGAUUUUGUCUGAGUGUCCAAUCCAACUCAACUUUCCUUUAAUUUUAAACCUUUGUUUAAUUAUUUAAACCUGACAUACACAUAAGGAAUUUAUGUUUGCAGCCUGUUUGUCGUGUGCUUUGUUGUUCUGCAUGUUUCAGCUCUAUACACCAUAUGUACUUUGGUGUUAAGAUGUGUUUUGAGUUUCACAUCGUCCACCCUAGCUUUUCUGAUUGUGCUUGCUUAUAGAUGUAGCAGAUUAAUCAUUAUAGAGAAGCAAAUACAACAAAACAAGGAGAGACUUGGUGAAUUAAAAUAAGUCAGUCACAUGACAGGGAGUGACACUAUUCUAUUGCAUUCUAAAUGCCUAAAUAAACAGUUUUUGCACGAUGAAGUUUAUCUGUAAAUGAAGGGCGGUAGCAGUUGCUUGGAAAUGAACACGACAUUUGACUCAUUUGUUAGCUUGUUUAAUGACUAACAUCCAACUGGAAUGAUGUCAAGAACGUGGCUGCUGUGAUCUCUGACUGUGGAAAGCAGCAGCUAGCAGUUAGUAGAGAAAAAUUAAAACACAGAGACACAGUAUCUAUCUGAAAAUAUUUAUGGGAAUGUCUUCAAAUUACAUUCAGUUCAAUCCAAAUCUGGUUGUCAUCUGUAGUAACAACUUGACCGAACCCUCUUUACCACUUUUGUAAAUUGCUGUUAUAUGAUUAUUACCAAUAAAAGCUCAAUCUCA